CUUUUCCCUCUUACCACUCUUCCUCCUCUACCUCUUCCCGUCUCAUCCCCUGCUCUCUAUACCUUUCCAUCCUCUAUACCAGUUCGAAAACAAUUGCAUUCAAAUCAAUACCUCCAAAGCAUCGAUUACAACCUGUCUAAUACUAAUAAUUUAUACCACAGCAGCAACGUAGAAAAUCAUACACAGAGAGUGAGCAGUCAUGGCCAGCCCAGCAGUCUUGACCCCGGUCAAGAAUCGCUCAUCAAUUUUCUCCACCCGUACCGCUGGCGGACGGAUGCCCUUGACUCCCUCUCCACGCACCCCUCGAACACAAACUUCGGAUGUGGCCGGCCCACAGGAGUCAAUCCAUGGCGGUAACCUCAUGUCCCGCUUCCAGCGAUCCAUUUCAAAGACCACCCGAGAGUCCCCCAAGUCCAAUAUUGCCCGUCAGCACACUCCCCGGCGGCUAGACCUUGGUGUAUCAGAGUGGACCUUGACAGGGACUGGGACGUCAACGACAAACAAGACGCCUACGAAGUCAAAAAAGGAAGUCGCUAUCCGCUCACGGCCAACAAAGACAAGGAUUGCGUACAAGGACGCGGACCGCUUCAUCCCCAAUCGCACAGCAAGCGAGGCUAUCUGCAACAUUGGAGCAUCCAAGAUCGACCUAGACCAGAGGCCCAAGUCCAGCUCUGCCCCUACCGAGGGCUCUUCCGUUCUCGCCAAUGCCGCUAGUGCUUUCGACAUGGGAAACCGCGGUUCGGAAGAUGAUGUGUCUCUGUCGCUUGAAGGCCUCAACCUGGACGAUGAUGAUGAGGUGCGUCCCCCGUCAAAGAAGGCGCCAGAAACUGCCGCAUAUGAAUCAUCAUUGGCCUCCGCAUGCGGCGUCAAUCUGAAUACUCGCAUUCUGGCCUUUAAGCCUGCUCCCCCAGAGUCAUCAAAGCCUAUUGAUCUCCGGUCUCAAUACAACCGUCCUUUGAAGCCGGCCGCCGGCGUCACUGCAGAAAACCGUCGACGCAUCCCUUCAGCACCUGAGCGGGUUCUGGACGCACCAGGGCUCGUCGAUGAUUACUAUCUCAACUUGUUGGAUUGGUCAUGCCAGAACCAAGUGGCGAUUGGUCUCGAGCGAUCCGUAUACGUCUGGUCAGCAGACUCGGGUUCGGUCGCAUCCCUCCUCGAAUGUCCCCAAGAUACCUAUAUUUCAUCCGUCAAGUGGUCCGGUGAUGGAGCCUAUGUUGGCGUCGGCCUUGGCACUGGCGAGGUUCAGAUUUGGGACGUCGAGGAGGGUACCAAGCUUCGCAGCAUGUACGGUCACGACACCCGCGUUGGUGUUAUGGGAUGGAACAAGCACAUCCUGUCGACAGGUGCCCGCUCCGGUCUUGUCUUCAACCAUGACGUCCGCGUCGCCAACCACAAGGUCGCUGAGCUGGUCUCGCAUACGGGUGAAGUGUGUGGGUUGGAGUGGCGCGCAGAUGGGGCUCAGUUGGCCACUGGUGCCAACGACAAUCUCGUCUCCAUCUGGGACGCUCGUUCUCUUGCGGCCCCAAAGUUCACCAAGACCAAUCAUCGUGCUGCCGUCAAGGCGGUUGCCUGGUGCCCGUGGCAAUCCAACCUUCUUGCGACCGGUGGUGGUUCAAACGACCGUCAAAUCUACUUCUGGAAUACCACCACUGGAGCUCGCAUCAACCACAUUCCCACUGACUCCCAGGUUACUAGCCUGCGAUGGAGCACACACUACAAGGAAAUCGUCAGCACCGGGGGCUUUCCUGACAACAGCCUCAGCAUCUGGAGCUACCCGUCUGGGGUCAAGAAUACAGAGAUACCAGCUCACGAGUCUCGUGUGCUGCACAGCUGCUUGAGUCCGGAUGGUCAGAUUCUCGCCACUGCAGCGGCGGAUGAGUCCCUCAAGUUCUGGAAGAUCUUUGAGAAGAAACCCGGUCAACAGUCCAUCUCGGCAGCGGCCGCUGCCAAUGCGAAGUCGAGCGUCGUCAAGCAGGUAUCGAUUCGCUAAGCAGAUGGUACAAGUCUUUAUUGAUAUGCGCGCCGCCAACUCUGUUGGCACCAGCGUGUACUCAUUUUCACCGGCUUGCGCAAUGGAGCCACCCACAACCCGACUAUACGCGCAAUGGUAAGCCGGUAAGUAUUACAUAUCUUUUGAGUAUGUGAAGCGGUCCACUGGAUCUCCACAAGACUCUCGGGAACACCAAUCACGGACAUUUUUCGACUCUUAUCCGUCCCUCAACGGGGCGCCUCGGAAGCAUUUGGUGGCGUUGGGGGUUAUGUCUUUCGAGCGUCCAUAUAUGGAUAUGAGUUCACAAAUUGGGUUUUUGAGGCACUGUUCAAGGCCUUGGGGGUUCUGUUUUGGGAUAUGUUUCAUAGAUGGACAGGUCAAUGAUCACGAUACUCAACCCUG